AUGAGCGAAGAUAUAGGCGAAGAUUCUCGUGAUGUACAAUGUGCCACUAAUCUUCGAGCUUUUCAUGAUGUUCGAGCAUGGAGUAAAGCUGUUAAGCCAUGGCAUAAAUUCUUUCGAUUUUCUCAACUUGCCCUUCCAACCAACAUUAAUGGAUAUGUUGCAAGAAUGAAGAAGAAUUUUAGCCAAUUUAUGGCUAAUUAUGCUGUUAUCACUGCUAUUUUAAUGAUUUGUGGUAUAAUAACAUCAUUUUGGUUAUUGCUAUCAUCAAUUCUUCUUGGAAUAUUAGUGUAUUUCAUUUACACGAAAACUAGAAAUGGACCAAUUAAAAUUGGCACUGAAGAAAUUCCUUCUUGGAUAUUGUAUGUUAUGGCAAUAUUCAUAACUUUACCAUUGUUUAUUUAUGCUGGAGUUGGAUAUAUUCUUUAUUGCGCAAUGGGAAUUAGCAUAAUAUUGAUUCUUAUUCAUGCAUCAUUCUACAAUACUGAUUUACUUGUUUUACCGGAAGUAAACAUGAAAGUGAUGACGGAAGUAAGCGAUCAUCAACAUGUAGCAGAUAUUGAAAUUACGUCAAAUCAGGGAAUUUCACCGAAACGUCAUGUUCUAUUUCAUGAUAUUGAAAAUGAAGAUAAUUGA